CUGCGUCUUCUCUGAUUUCCUCUUCUGUGCGAUAUCAGCAGCAAAGGAACCAUGGCGAAGAAUGGUAAGGUUGCGUACACCGGAUAUGCUGCGCUUGUUCCCAACGAUGGAUCUGCGAACAGUCACACUAGCAUGUCACGAACAGCUUACAACGAUAACAACUGCAAGGUCUCUAAUCGCUACACUGAGACUUACAAAUCUGGGGAUUACGUGACCAGAGCUGGUGACGUUGGAUACAAGCAAGAGGCAAGGGCUACUUCAACCGUCAGAGUUACUGAUAAGGUGCAAGGAAUCACCACCGAGUACCAGACUCAGGUGAAUGUCAAGGAGACUGUUUAUCCUACUCCUGCAAAAUCCUCCUCCAACAAUCGUAUCAACUACUAUUAGGGUUGAGAUGUGUUCUAUGGCGCUGGCUCUUAGCCCGUUGGGUGUUGUCUUGUCUCGUGUUAUCUUAGUUUUUCUGGCAUAUUUUGCAUUCCUUUUUAAUCGUUGUAAAAACAUCGUUAUCAGUGUCUGAGUCGGCGGGUUAUGCCAGUGCCUU